AUGAUGCCGCCGUGGCUCGCGCAGGUGCACCCGCGCACGGGGACGCCCGUGAACGCCACCGUCGUCAUGCUCGUCGCCACCGCCAUCAUCGCCUUCUUCACCAACCUCAACAUCCUCUCCAACCUGCUCUCCAUCUCCACGCUCUUCAUCUUCAUGCUCGUCGCCGUCGCGCUGCUGGUCCGCCGCUACUAUGUCGCCGGGGAGACCACGGUCGUCAACCGGAACAAGCUGGCGGCGUGCAUCGUCGCCAUCCUGGCCACGUCGGUGGCGACGGCGACGUGCUGGGGGGUGAACGUCAACGGGUGGGUGCCGUACGCGGUGACGGUGCCCGCGUGGUUCGUGUCGACGGUGUGCCUGUGGGCGUUCGUGCCGCAGGCCAGGGCGCCCAAGCUGUGGGGCGUGCCGCUGGUGCCGUGGCUGCCGUCGGCGUCCAUCGCCAUCAACGUCUUCCUCCUGGGCUCCAUCGACUCCAAGUCGUUCAUGCGGUUCGGGUUCUGGACGGCCGCGCUGCUGGUUUACUACCUCUUCGUUGGUCUGCACGCGUCCUACGACACGGCCAAGGCGCUCGCCGCCGAGUCUGCCAUCGCCAAGGUGGAGGAUGGGGAUGGCGACGGCAAGCCGGCACGAGGCGCUGUCCAUAACGGCGAGUACUGA